AGCGAGGAGAAUAACGUCCUGAGGAGAAAGGAGACUCAGUGAAUGAGCGCUUUGGAAAGCUGUGCCGCCCCGGGAAAAAGGAACCAGCGUUUCAAAACAAAGGACAGCGUCUUCUUCACUUGCGCCUGCAGAAAUCUCCACACUUUGACUUCCCAUGGUACCAUGGCUGAGGGAAGCUGCUUCGGUUCUGUGUAGCUGUUUGGGAUGACCAGAGCUGAACCUUGCCUCAAAGAGGAAGAGGGGAAAGCAAGGAAGAAAGAAUCGUGAGAGGAGGGAAAACAUCUGCUCAGGAUAAGAUCAGCAGCCCAUCUGGACAGGGAAGCUACCUUUCUCUUUGUAAGGAAAGGAAUUUAAACUCCCCCAAAUCAGAGCUUUGCCACUUGGAGAAGCUUUAACAGGCUUCAGGAUUUAACAUUUUUUUUAGUCAGCCAUUGGUUGUUACUGUUUCAGGAAGAGUUAACACCAUGUGCCAUGUCAUUGUAACAUGCCGCUCCAUGCUCUGGACACUUCUCAGUAUUCUAGUGGCCUUUGCUGAGCUCAUUGCCUUCAUGAGCCCUGAUUGGUUGCUGGGUUUUCCUCGGUCAGACACUAGUGUCAGUGGGUCGGGAGUGGACUCCGGGGAGUACCGGCCGUCUCUCGGCCUCUACAGCCGCUGCCUUCGUGUCGGGUCCCGGGGAGUAGGGGUGAGCUGCGGGCCUUACGCUGGGACAUUUGGAGAAGUGGCCAGUAGCUUCUGGAAGGCAGCCAUGUUGUUUCUGGCAGCAGGGACAUUAGUGCUAGGGUGCGUGGCCUGUAUCUCCGUCUUCAGCCUGUGUUUUCAGAGCAUCCUGAAGAAGAGCAUAUUCAACAUCUGUGGACUGCUCCAGGCUAUCGCAGGCCUGUUGCUGAUGGUGGGCCUCAUGCUGUACCCUGCUGGUUGGGGUUCAGAGAAGGUGAACGACUACUGCGGCCCUGAGGCCUCGCCCUUUAGGCCUGCUCAGUGUUCGCUCGGCUGGGCGUUCUACGCAGCGAUAGGAGGAACUCUGGCAACCUUCCUGUGCGCUGUUUUGUCUGCACAGGCUGAGAUUGCCACCUCCAGUGAUAAGGUUCAGGAGGAGAUUGAGGAGGGGAAGAGUCUGAUAUGCCUACUCUGAGCCUUCAGAAACCUUGUGAAAUCAUUCUCAGUGUAAUUUCUCUCAUACGGACACCUGUGCUUCUUAGUGGAGGAAGGACAGACAUCUCUCUGAGUGAUUUAAUUCAUGAUAUCCUGGAUAAAAUCAGCAGAUUGUUGAAAAGAUAGAAGAAAUUAGUAACAGCUUUUUAAUGUGUUAGGUAUGGUGUUCUCUUCUGAAACUUGCUGAAGCCUAACUGAGGUUAAGGAACAUUAACCAUUCAGUUUUUUUUAAACCAAGAUACUGUUUAUUUUUGUAAUAAUUCUUGCCUUAAACAAACCACUGUACUGGAAUAGCAAGAGAUUAGUGUGGCUGUGGAUGGGUUAAACACUGCCAGUAAAACAGUAUGUAGGUUUGUAGCAUCAUUAUGAUGUUCAUUCACAUGGUUCACCUGCAGACCUCAACAAACCACUGAAUACUAGCAGAUGUGCCCACUAAAACACCCUACAAUGUGUGUGCGUGUGUGUGUGAUAGACGUUAACUGUUGAGGUUUCUAAAUGUCCACAUGCUCUGAUUCUGUGGCACAGCAGGACACUAAGACUCUCUAGCUAACUUUAGAUGUGCCACUUAAUGGAUUGUUCACUUCAAAGGGAGUUCCUCCUGUUAAAUGGAUUGUUUGCGGGCCUAUUGCAGCUUAAUAACUGGCAGAGUGUGUGCAGAAAAAGAACAGAGACUUGCCAUAUGUUUCACUGUGCUGAGCUUUCAUGAGGGGAUGUUUGCUCACGGCGAGAUAAAGCAGACUGCACCAUAGCUUAUCGUGAGCUACCUUAUGACAUGAAGAGAGCCAUAAAGACAAGAUCUGGCUUUGUAAAGCAGUCCAAGAGAAAAAAAAAAGUUGGAAAAAAUUCAGAAAAAACUUUGUUUGACCUUUUCUAGGCGAAGCCAAACAAAUCAUUGGUGUUGCCACGUCAGUGUGCUGUAGACAUUUUUUCAAAAGCUGAUCAAGGCAGACCUUCUUAGUUUGGUAGUUUCAGAGUAUUCCCAUUCAUAAAUAGCACCUGAUAUUAUUGUGUUUUGCACUUGGUCCUUAAUUCACUUCACAUUGCUACAUAAGUCGCUGUAAAUCUAAUAAGAUUCAUGUGAUUCUGUGCUUUUAUUCAUUGUAGAUGAGAUGUGCAAUAAUUUAACCGUUGUGUGUUUGCUGUGAGUGAGUGGGCUGAGAGGAUGAGAUGGAGUGAAAUCACGGCAUGGAUUUAUAUCAAAAAGCAUUUUUAGUCUCUCUGUGCUUAAAUUAAUGUGUUGACUGUCCGCUGUUUUUGUUACAUUAACAAAAGAGUAACAGCAUCUGUGGCACGUUGUGUGAUGCUUCAUGUAUGAGAGGUUGAUGCGUGUGAAUAGAGAUACAGUCUGUAUUUUGUACUCAAAUAAACCAGGCCUUC